AAUCUUUCGUAUUAGAAUCCUUAAAUACCCCGUCUGAGUAUAUUGCUAUCAAAGUUUAUUUUUGUUUUGUUUGAUCCUUGUCAUCAGACACAAUGUCGCGAAAACCAAGUAGUGGAAAAAAGAACAAUUUGUCCCAAUUUGGUCUACUAGAUAUGGACUUUGAUGAUGGUGAUGAACCUCUUGGUCUGUCUGAUGAUGACAUAGAUUUGGAAGCUGAAUUGGCAGCAAUCAGUGGUGGGGGAGCUCGCAGGCCUAAAAAACCUGCACCAUUGCCUGCAGCCAAUCUAGAUGCCAUGAUUGCUGCGAGCCUCAAGGAUAUUCCAUCUGAUGAUGAGGGCUCAGGUGAUGAUGACGACCCUGACCUUCUGAGUGAGCUGAAGGAGCUGGCCAUUGAGGAUGACGAUGAUCCCUCCCCUCCGCCCCGCGCAGCCCGCCCUGCGCCACCGCCACCAGGCAGCACGGACAGUAGUGUUAUCAGUGUGUUACAGGAUCGUAUAACUAACUACAGUGCAGCUGAGAAACAUGCUAAGGAGAGUGGAGAGAGUAGCCGUGCUAGAAGAUUUGGACGUGGUUUAAAAACACUCAAUGAUCUACUGAAACAAGCUAAAGCAGGCAGACCUAUUAAGAAUGAGGACAUACCACCACCAGUCAGUUUGGGUAAACCUGCCUCCGAGCAGCCUGCUGCAGCCCCUGAUCCUGUGCCCAGUGCUCCGCCAAUGUCUCCGCCAAUGUCUCCGCCUGCCCCGGAAACUAAGGAGCCGAUAAUAGCCCCGGAACCCACAGAACCUCCUCCCCCGCCUCCCAGGGUUGAGUCAAAGGAGAUCAGCCCAGAGAGGCAGGAAGGCUUGCAGAUUAUUUUGAGACGUAAAGAAGAAUUCAAAGCAGCAGCAUUAUCAUGCAAGCACUCCGGCGAUAAAGCACUAGCACUAGAACAUCUGAAGGUAGUGAAGCAAUUUGACCUGGUGCUGGAUGCAUACAGAGCUGGUGAAGAGAUGAAUCUCAACGAACUGCCCACACCUGAAGUUAUCACCGCUGCCUUCAAAUCGCAACAGAAAGGAGAAGACAGUGUGCAGAAUUCAACAGAACCUAGUCCUCCGGAGCCAGCACCUGAACCUACCGGCUUGAUAACAGCUUCAACACUCGCUGAGGGGUUGAAACAAAGACUUGCUGCAUUCCAGGAUCAAGAAGCGAAAGCCAAAGAACAAGGUAACUCUUCGAAAGCGCGUCGCAUGGGACGUAUCGUGAAGCAGUACCAGGAUGCGAUACGAAUGCACGCGGCCGGCCGACCUAUUCCCGUGGACGAGUUGCCCACUCCCAAUGGGUAUGCACCAUUGCCCACUGAACAGGGUAGUGGGCCCACGUCUCCUGCUAAGCCUGCGGCAUCUCCCGCUGCGCCCCGCCCCCCGCCCCGUGCGGCGCCCACCCCCGCCUCGCCCACGCCCUCCACAGCCCCCGCCCCCUCCCCCUCCCCCUCCCCCUCCCCCUCCCGCCAUGACCGCCAGCUGGCGCUGCUGCUGCACAAACAGAAACAGUUCAAAGAUGCAGCACUCAAUGCAAAGAGAGAGGGUAAUAUUACUCAAGCUAAGGAAUAUUUACGUGCGGCGAAAGGUUUCGAUUCUCUGAUAGAUGCUGCUCGAGGUGGACUUGUUGUAGAUCUCAAGUCUUUGCCACUUGCACCUAACGAGAAGAAACAGAUCGAACAGACCUUUGAUAUAGUAUCAAAAGAAGAUUGCGAGGAGUUGUCGGAGCAGACGGCGGACAUGGAUGUGGAUGAGGUGGACGUGGUGGGCCGGCUGCAGCGUCAGCUCACCUCUCAGCUGCAGCUGUGUCUCCGUCACAAGGAACAUUGUCGCGCGCUCGGACACGUCGCCGACAUGAAUCGCUUCGAACACCUCGCUACCAGUGUCAAACAGGACUUAGAUGUUGUUGUUGUAGCUAAAAGUUUGGGCCAGGAUCCACCAAAGUUCCAUUACGAGAACAAAGUAUUCUCAGUGGUGCAAUGCAAUACGGACCUUAAUGAGAACGACUUAGAGUUGACUAUUGUACGCGGCAUCGCAUACAACGUUCCCAAUCCUAAAGAAAUAGAUACAUACGUUAAAUUCGAGUUUCCUUAUCCACAAGAGGCACCUGUGUCUGACCGCACGGGAACAGUCAAAGACACAAACAGUCCACAGUACGACACUGUGUUCACAUUGCCUAUACAACGUAACAACAGACAAUGUCUGCGUGUCUUCAAACGACACGCUAUCAAGUUCGAAGUCUAUUCAAGAGGAUGUGACGCGGUGUGGUGUUGCAGCGGCUGGUUCAGUCGGGACACGCUGCUGGCCACCGCCGCAGUCAAACUUGCGCCGCUCGAGACACAGGUCACAUUGAACGAAGCCUAUCCGUUGAUGGAUGGUCGUCGGCCGGCUGGCGGGUCUUUGGAGGUGAAGUUGCGUGUGCGCACUCCGCUGCUGCAGCAACAGAUGGAGAAGAGCUCUCAUCGCUGGCUUGUCAUUGACAGCUAACUGUAGACAGUUUAACAGCUUCUUAACUGUAGCUUACUUCAUACAAUCCUCAUACUCCUCUGUCACUUCGCUGUUUUAGCGAAAUUACAAGACCUGCUAUCGCCAAUAGUUCCUUUUCGUUUCAUAUAGAAAUAAUCUUGUUGGCUAAUUUAGGAUAAUUCCACCUUUAUGUAAAAUCUGAGGUAAAACAAAAUAAUUAGAAAUCUCUUAAAUUAACAUUAAGUUAUGUUUAAAGUUAAAUUUGG